UUUCUUCUGAUGCUUGUAUCCUUUGUAUAAGGAACUUCGUUAACCGCCGUGGUGUUCCAGCCAAAAUUCGUUCGGAUAUGGGUACCAACUUUGUGGGUGCGAGUGUUGAGCUAUCCAAGGUGGCGGAUAUCUUCGACGACAAGUACAUUCGAACCGAGUUGUCAACGCGAGGCAUCAUUUGGGAAUUCAACUGUCCAGCGAACCCAAGCAGUGGCGGAUGCUGGGAGCGUCUCAUACAGUCAGUGAAGAAAGUACUGGCAAUGACAUUGAAGGAGAAGGCGCCGCAAGUAGAUACCUUGAACAGCCUCCUAAUUGAGGCGGAAAAUAUAGUCAACAGCCGCCCGUUGACUCACUUGCCAGUCACACCAGAGGAGCCUGAUCCACUAACUCCCAACCACUUUCUGUUGGGGGCCACUAACUCUACACAAACGCCAGGGGACGAAGGAGCGGUCGCCAUUAGGAAGCAGUAUCGAAUAAGCCAGCAACUGAAAAAUCAGUUUUGGCAUCGCUGGAUAAAAGAAUAUUUGCCUACGCUUACGAAACGGACGAAAUGGUUUGCACCUCAGCCUGAAGUAAAGACCGGUGAUGUAGUCAUCAUCUGUGAUGGUAAUCUUCCACGCAGCGAGUGGAGAAAGGGUAUCGUGAUUUCAACGGUAAAAGCUAGAGACGGACAUGUUCGCCUGGCCGAUGUCAAGACGGAGAACGGCGUGCUACAACGACCAGUAUCGAAGCUGGCGGUGUUGGAUGUUUUAGGGUGAAGCAUAGAGCCCUUCACCGGGGGGUGGGAUGUUGCGAACACACCCGCCAGACUUCAAAUGCAACCCUGCAGUUAUUUGUCUUCUUUCAUUUUCUUUCAUUUCACUUACAUAUGUAUUUCCAAAUUUGAAUUUGUCAUUUACUGUUUGUACGCCAGUCUUACCGGCACAAGAAUACAAAGUUGAAAUAAACGAACAACUUUUCAACGGUGACAACGUCAACGUUCAUUAAAUACAAAUUGGUGGUGUUCAUUUCUUUUGUAAGUGCCAGCAGGAGCUUUGUGGCGUGC